AAAACAGGGGCAGCGAAUCAGUGCUAACGACAUUACGGAGCUGUACCCCAGCAUCUUUAGAUGCUGAUGUACCAUUUCGAACGACGACGAAUUUAUCGCGAUACUUAUGGCCUUCCUUUCGUAUCGUCUCGUGUAUUUUUAUUUUGAAAAAAUUUCUCAAAAUGUGAACGCAACCGUUUUAAAUUUUAUUUCAUAGGUAGAAGUGCUCGCGUGUGUCUGUGUGUGUUUGUGUGUGGUUUUGUUUUUUUGAAAUAAUAAAACACGGCCUCGAUAAAGGAGUAUCGAUUGUUUUGUUCAUGUUCUGUUGAUAUUGCCAUGAGAUCAGCUUAUCAUGAAUUUAUAACGCCUAUACAAGUUGAAUAUGACAUCAGUCUAUCGGAAGAAUCGUCUUAUCUAAAAGAAAGCUAUUCUGACAUCGAGUUUUGUUCAGAUCCCAUGGAUGUUGUUAAAAUAAUAUUUCUCGGGGCGCAAGGAGUAGGAAAGACAUCGAUUAUUCAGCAAUUCGUAUGGAACCAUUUCAACGAAGAAUAUGUUCCCUCCAAUACAAAACGCGUAUAUUACUCGUCUGUGAUUUUUAACGAACAUGUAUAUCAACUUAAAAUAACAGAUGUGCCAACAAUAUCGUACUUUCCUGCGAAUAGUUUCGUCGAAUGGACAGAUUUUCGAUUUUAUGGUUUAAGAAAUGCAAACGCUUAUAUAUUCGUAUUCGAUUUAUCGAAUCUGGAUACAUUUCAGUAUAUCAGAAUCAUAAGAGAUCAGAUUGCUGAAAGUCGCGACAUAAAAAACGUUCCUAUUUUGAUAAUUGGCAAUAAACAAGAUUUAAUUACCAAUCUUCACCGCACACAUUUCAGCUAUCUUUCAGGAAAUAAUCAUUCGAAAAGUACAGAAGUUCAGAAAGAAAAACUCAAAGAAAUAGUCAGUUUGAUACGUAAACAGUGGAAAUGUUCUUAUAUAGACUGUAGCGCCAAAUAUAACUGGAAAGUUGUAGCUGUAUUUAAAGAAAUAAUCAAAAUCAUCGAAAGUAUUCAACCUACCAAAUCUGCGACAUUUGGACAUAGAGAAGUUACUUCUUUGGUAAUUGAGAAUAUGCAUGGUAAUAUGGAAAGAACGAAAUGCAUAAUAUUAUGAACAACAUUUUAGUCGGAUAUUAUUUAAGCGCUUUAAUUGACUUCCUAUGUAGAAGAAUACAAAGUCUGUACGACUGAUGUAGAAGUAUUUAGGUAGUGAAGUUAGACGAAAAUUGUUGCGGAUAUUUAAAUAAUAUUCUUUUAAUAUUUCAAGAAGAUAGAAUGAUUCGAGAGAUGAACUUUUUUUCGUUUCUAUUAAAAGAAAAAAAAAAUCAAAUACGCGAAUACUGCCAUUCAACGAUACCGUUGGAAUGAUAUUCUACUAUACGUAAGUUUUUAUCAUGGACUUCUCUCGUAGAUAUUUUAAUUACCUAUGUGAAUACUUUAAACCCCAAAAUAUUUUCAAGUAUUGAUAAUUUGAAUUAAAAUAAGCUAGGAUGACAGGGAAUGAAACUCUCCAAAAUAUACCUACAUCUUUAGCCCCUAAAAUGUUUACCAGAAUUUGUGACAGGACUGCAUGCCAAUGAGUCAUUUUUUUAUGACUAGUUAACGUACGUAUGUAUAAGUAGGUAAGUACCAUGAAAGGAAUGAACAAUACAUAAGUACGUACGUAUAAUGCUUAUUUUUCGAGUUACAAGUUUGGUUAAAUUCAAAAAUAUCAAGUCAGGAUUUGAAAUCUAUUUGUAUAUGUGUUAGCCAAAUGAAGGGACUGUGCUAAUUUCUGACUGGCAGAAUGUUUUACACUAAUUAGCAAUAUUUUAUAUUUUUUAUUUAUUUGUCAUUUUUUUUAUUGUUGUUUUGUAUUAUUUUUUCACAUCAAUCAAUUUAUGUUUUAAAAAAUCUUAAAGUAUAACGCAUGUAUUUUGCAGUUUUGUAAAAAUUAACUGCUAAAAAUAAAAUAAUAAUAAACGUCUCAGAUAUUGUUUUUUUAAAAUAAAUUAUCAAGGUUGUUACGAAGUAAUGACUGUAAUUCAAAUAAGUACCUUUAUCCUUGUUAAAUCAAUGGAAUUGGAAAUUAAAGAAAAAAAUUCGUGUGUAAGAUUUAAUUUCAUCUAGGAUAGAUGUAACCAUUUUCAUUAUAUUCUAAUUCCUUAAUAGUUAAUUAUGUUUAUGAAUGCAUUCGUAUAAUUCGUGCGACCGACGUCGGGUGAAGAAAAUUGAAAUUUUUGCAUUCCUUUAUUGAUGAUUGAUGAAUAAUCACUGCCAUACAAUGGACGAACUAUGUAUUUAAAAAAUUCGAAUUUUGUUCUAAUUACUGAAUUUAUCCAUAAUGGCAAUUGGAAUGUUAAUAUAUCUCUAGAUGUGAAAUGAUUUUUUUUUCAAUUAACUACCUAGUACCUACUCGUUUGCAAGAAAAUACGAUUGUAGUGAAUGUUGCGUUGUUGCUCUCUCAAAAAUUGUAUAGAUUUAUGUUAGUAUUGUUGUUUUUAUUAUUGUUGUUACUACCAAAAAUAUUGUUGUUAUACUUCAGUUAUUACGUAUUAGACAUUUUUAGUACCUAAUUUUUUCAACGUUUUUUGUUCUUUUUUGAAAUUAAUUUAAUUAUUGUAAUUACGUUUUAUAGCAUCGUAAUGUUUAUCCUUAGUGAUUCAAUAAUUAUUGAACCAUUUUGUAGAAUCAAUAAAAAUUUAAUAAAAUCAAA